GGCAAAGCUCUUGUGGUAUAAUGCACCCCUAUGGAGUAGGAGAAAGGGAGUGCAUACAGCACAGGCAUGGAGCAGCUCCCCCUCACAUACCCUGAUUCCAUCAGCUGGCAGCAUAUAUGGCCAGUUACACACUAUUCUUUACAGGAGACUGACCAGAAAUACAAGAGCAGCUGAAGGAUUUGUUCCUGUAUGUGUACUAAAUGUGGGACCAAAGAACAUCAUGUAAGACAAAAAUGUUUUUCUUGCAAGGUGCUCCUGGGCUGAUGUUUAAGCUGUGGAAUAACAGGGAAACGAGACUUUGUGUCCUGUGUAGGGAACAAGAGACCCGUGGGAUCAAUGACUAUUGUUGCUGAUAUUUCCUUUUAUAGAUUGGAUUUGUUUCAUGGGAUUCUAUGAACUAAGAACAUGUCCCCUGAGGUAUAUUUUCAGAAUCUGACUAUGGAUUACUAUUACAGCAGCAACAACUAUUCCUGGCCAGAAGAUCCUGUUUUCCUGUUCCCUGUCCCGGUGCUGACUGGGAUAACUGUCACAUGUAUUCUUCUUUUUAUUAUAGGGAUAUUUGGCAACGUGAUGACUAUGUUAGUGGUGUCCAAGUAUAGGGAUAUGAGGACUACUACCAAUCUCUAUUUAUCCAGCAUGGCAUUUUCUGAUCUUCUCAUUUUCCUCUGUAUGCCUCUUGAUCUCUACAGACUCUGGCAGUACAGACCGUGGAAUUUUGGGAGCACCCUCUGCAAACUCUUUCAGUUUGUCAGUGAGUGCUGUACUUACUCCACCAUACUGAAUAUCACAGCUCUCAGUGUGGAACGUUAUUUUGCUAUCUGCUUUCCCUUGAAAGCCAAGGUAGUGAUAACCAAAGGGAGAGUAAAGCUGGUCAUCUCUGUCCUCUGGACAGUGUCGUUUGUAAGUGCGGGUCCAAUCUUUGUCUUGGUUGGAGUUGAACACGAAAAUGGAACAAACCCCCUGGACACAAAUGAGUGCAAAGCUACAGAGUAUGCCAUAAAGUCAGGUCUCCUAACUAUAAUGGUCUGGACAUCUAGUGUGUUCUUCUUCUUGCCUGUCUUCUGCCUCACCGUCCUCUACACUCUCAUUGGCAGAAAGCUGUGGAGAAGAAAGAGAGAGUCCAUAGGACUAAACACAUCUAUAAGGGACAAGCAUAACAAACAGACUGUGAAAAUGUUAGCUGUGGUGGUGUUUGCUUUCAUACUUUGCUGGUUGCCGUUUCAUGUAGCACGUUACCUGUUUUCCAAGUCUUUUGAAGCUGGGUCCCUGGAAAUAGCUCUCAUCAGCCAGUACUGCAACCUGGUCUCCUUUGUGCUCUUUUACCUGAGUGCUGCCAUCAACCCUAUUCUCUACAACAUCAUGUCGAAAAAAUAUCGUGUAGCUGCUUGCAGACUGUUCCGACUAAAGCAGGUUUCACGGAAAGCAACCUAUACAACAAACGAUGAAAGCUCUCCUGCCUGGACAGAGUCCAACAUCAGUACGUGACAAGACAUAUGUGCCAAAAAAAAACCCAAAAAAAACAGCCACUCAAUAUUUGCCACCUGACACAAAGCCAUAAUGUACCAGGACACACUACAGACAUUUUUGACUAUAUUUCAUUCUCAAAGACAAUCAUUGCAAGUUGAUCUCAGGAAGUUGCUUUGAAAGUAGUAGUGUGUGUAUGUAUGUGUGAGCGUGUUUGGUGAUUUAAGUUUACACCAAUUUUUUCACCAGUUAACAAAUAUUUUCUGAUCUCAGGUCAGUCUUUUAUUCCAAGGAAUCUUUAACUUAUGUAAACAAAUCGGAGUGAGCUGUCUGAUAUAUAACUGGAGUGCUGCUCCAAGCCAUCUUCUUGACCCACCAACAAGUCUUCACAAUGACUCCUUUUUUGUAAAUGAACAUCAAAGGUUUGAUUUUAAUACCUGAAUGUCAUUGGAUAAGGAAACAAGAACUACCCAGAGAAGUUACUGUAACAAUAUAGUUGAUUGUGCUCCUGGUCAUUUUGUCUUAUAUUGAUUGCAAUGUAAAAUGU